AUGUCACAGAAUGCCAUCCGACGCAAAUUAGUCAUCGUCGGUGACGGAGCUUGUGGGAAAACUAGCUUGCUAACCGUAUUUAGUUUGGGUCAAUUUCCCGAUUCCUACUCGCCAACCGUGUUCGACAAUUUUGUGGCCGAUAUCCAACUCGAUGGGAAGCCUGUCCAUCUUCAGCUUUGGGACACUGCCGGUCAAGAAGAAUAUGAACGAUUACGACCACUGAGUUACUCCAAGGCGCAUGUGAUCCUGAUUGCGUUCAGCGUCGACACACCGGACAGUCUCGACAAUGUCACUAACAAGUGGUACGAGGAGGUCAGGUCCAUAUGUGGACAGCAUAUACCUGUCAUCCUCGUCGGGUGUAAAACAGACCUCAGGGAGAAGGCGAGGCAGAACGGGACGUUACAGAAUGACUCUUAUGUGGAAACCCUUGAGGGCGAACGAAUAUCUAAAGCGAUAGGCGCCAGAGCGUACUACGAAUGCUCGUCCUUGUUGAACCAAGGGGUUGAUGACAUAUUUGAGGCGGCGACACGUGCCGCUAUGUUGGUCCGUGAAAGCGGCCAUGGUCCAUCGAACCCGGCGCAUUCUCGCAAAGACACUCCAGGUGGAAAACAAUCAACCGACGAAAAGCACGGAAAGAAUUGCUGCCUGAUCAAUUGAAGAGGGUCAUGACUUAAGAUGGCGGAGGGGUCCAC